AUGGGUAUCGGAAUGCUGACGGCCGCCGAGUGGGCGGUGGGGCUGGCAGUGGUGGUGGUGCUGGCGCUGGUGCUCCGGCGGACACUGGGGCCGCGGCUGCCGCCGGGGCCGUGGGGGUGGCCGGUGGUGGGGAACCUGUUGGAGAUAAAGCCGGUACAGUGCCGGUGCUACGCGGAGUGGGCGGCGCAGUACGGCCCAAUCGUGUCGGUGUGGGUUGGGUCGACACUGCAUGUGGUGGUGUCGAGCGUGGAGCUGGCGAGGGAGGUGCUGAAGGAGAAGGACCAGCAGCUGGCAGACAGGUCGAGGAACAGGCCGACGGCGACGUUCAGCAAGGAUGGGAAGGACCUGAUCUGGGCGGACUACGGGCCGCACUACGUGAAGGUCAGGAAGGUCUGCACGCUGGAGCUCUUCUCCUCCCGCCGCCUCGAGGCACUCCGCCCGGUUCGCGAGGACGAGAUCACCGCCAUGGUUCAGGCGCUCUACGGGGACUGCGUACACCCCGGUACUCUCUCUUUCCUACUCUCUCUUCAUACGCUAUUCCAGCAGUCUCCCAAAAAACGGUAUUUUCCCCAAAAAAUUCCUCUAUGAAUUAUUUUGUUGAAAAGAAACUUAAUAAUAUUUUAUUUUAAUUUAUAUCUCUAUUUCUAAUUGUGCGGCCAGCCUACUCUGGACUGUCGGGAUACCAAGCAAGGGUUGCCUUGCUAAAAGGCCUCAGGAGUUCAGAAUAUUACAUAUCUACGUCCUAUCACUCAUAUUUAGUCUUGGAAAAACACCCAAGUUUAUAAAAACCUGUUUCAAAUCUGGGUAUUUAGAUUAUUUUAAACUUUUAUUAAGGGAGCGAAAGGUUGAUUUCUUACAUCUGUUUUGCUAAAACCCCCAUAAUUAACAAUUUUGCAUUUCCACACUUCUUUCAGGCUCCAUGGGCCUGGGAAAAACACCGCAAGUUUCAUUUUCACUGUGGAUCAUGUCAUCUUUUAUUAUUAUUAGGGACGCGGGAGGGGAUUUCUGACGUGCUUUUACUUUUUUAUGUGGAUUUUUGCAGAAAAGAAGGGGAUGAGCAUGGUGGUGAGGGAGUACCUUGCGGCGGUGUCGUUCAACAACAUCUCUCGGCUGGUCUUUGGGAAGCGCUUCGUCGACGACAAGGGGGUGGUGGACGAGCAGGGCCUGGAGUUGAAGGCGAUUGGGACGGAAGGGGUGAAGCUCGGGGCGUCCCUGGCCAUCGCGGAGCACAUCCCCUGGCUCCGCUGGAUGUUCCCCCUCCAGGAGGAGGCCUUCACCCAGCACAACGCCCGCCGUGAUCGCCUCACCGCCGCCAUCAUGGACGAGCACACCCGCAUCCGCCGGGACAGAGGCGGUGCCGCCAAGCAGCACUUCGUCGAUGCCCUCCUCACCCUGCAGCAAAAGUACGACCUCAGCGACGACACCGUCAUCGGCCUCCUCUGGGUACCCUUCGUCCCCGUCCCCUUUCUCUGAGUUUCUAGGGUGGAUUUGAUGUGGACUGACCUCUGUGGUGGCGGCAAUGGCAGGACAUGAUAACGGCGGGGAUGGAUACGACGGUGAUCUCGGUGGAGUGGGCGAUGGCGGAGGUGAUCAGGAACCCGAGGGUGCAGGCGAAGGCGCAGGAAGAGCUGGACAGGGUGGUGGGGAAGGAGAGGGUCCUCUCAGAGACGGACUUCCCCAAUCUGCCGUACCUCCAGUGGGUGGCGAAGGAAGCCCUGCGCCUCCACCCGCCGACGCCGCUAAUGCUCCCCCACAAGGCCGCCACCGCCGUCAAGCUCGGUGGCUACGACGUCCCCAAGGGUUCCAACGUUCUGGUCAACGUCUGGGCCAUCGCUCGGGACCCUGCGGUGUGGAAGGAUCCUCUGGUAUUCCGGCCGGAGAGGUUCUCCGAGGAGGAUGUCGACGCCAAGGGGCACGACUUCCGGCUGCUUCCCUUCGGCGCCGGUCGGCGGGUCUGUCCGGGAACGCAGCUGGGGAUCAACAUGGUCCAGUCGAUGCUCGGCCACCUGCUGCACCAAUUCCGGUGGGAGCUGCCGGAGGGCGUCCGGCCGGAGGAGAUGGACAUGGAGGAGAGCCCCGGGGUGAUCACCUUCAUGAGGACGCCCCUGCGGGCGGUGGCGACGCCCAGGUUGCAGGCCGGCGAGCUCUACAAGCGUGUGCCGGCGGAUAUCUGA